CGGUUUAUUUCACCGUGCGCGCUCUUAGUUUGUUGGAAGAAAGGCCGACACAGCUACAAAUAUGCAGUCCCCUCUUGUCAACAUCGCUUUGUUGUCCUCUUAUGUUUUAUUUUCUCUGUCUCAUAUUCAGAAGGUUGCAGCUGAGGCGAAUGCGAGAGGGUUCGGAGACAACAUCCACUGGAGGAGUCUGGACGAUGGGAAGAAGGAGGCAGAGGCCAGUGGUCUACCACUGAUGGUUAUCAUUCACAAGACCUGGUGUGGAGCCUGCAAAGCUCUGAAGCCCAAGUUCGCCGAAUCCAAGGAGAUCUCUGAGCUGGCUCACAACUUUGUCAUGGUCAACCUGGAGGAUGAGGAGGAGCCUAAAGAUGAGGCAUAUAGUCCUGAUGGUGGAUACAUCCCCAGGAUAAUGUUCCUAGACGCCAGUGGUAAAGUCCACCCUGAGAUCACCAACAAAAACGGAAACCCGAACUACAAGUACUUUUACAGCAACGCAGACCAAGUUGUGUCUGCUAUGAAGCAAGCUCAGGAGAAGUUGACAGGAGAUGCCUUCAGGACCCACAUUGAAGACGAGCUGUAAGGUGGUAGGAUAGGUGGGGAGAGAAGGCUGCAGAGUUCUAGCUGAAGUGUCCUCGUUCACCUCACUCUCACAUGCUUACUGCACUCCGAAGGCUUUUUAAACACAAGUGAGCAGAUGUACAUUUCAGGGCUCUCUUUCCAUCAGUGUGCAUUAGGUUGAUGCUUCCACUUUCUCUCCUCACCCUUAACCGGUUGAAAGUUACUGUCCAGAAACCAACUCUUUAAAAAACAUUUUUUUUUUUACAUUUGUUUCAGUACCUCACAAUCUGUAAGACCACAACACACUAGUUGUUUCAACUGUACAGUACUCUAGAGUGUGAAUGAAUGGGAGUCCCAUCUUGGUCAACCAAAGCAAACCGUCCAUCUGACACACAGGUGCACAAGUUUAGUUUCUCCAUCUAACUUGUUUUUAAUGGUAAACUUUUUGAUUUAAUCCAUCCACAUAGACAUUUAAUUUGAGGUUGAAUACGGGCCAUAUAACAACUCUGUAGGAGUUGAUCAACAGAACAGCUGGACCCAUAAACUGUCCUGCAUUUUAAAACACACACAAGACUUCAGAAGGUAAGAGUUCUCUUUCAACUUUAACGUGCUUCCAACGGUUCAUUUUUGAAACACUCGCUCCGUCAAUGUAUACAAGGGGCCUAGAAUUCUCUCUCCUUUUUUUUCAAAGCAGUAUAUCAAUAAUGUUGAAUCCAGCCAUUUUAUCUGGGGCAAAAUGUUCAAUUGCUAAAAAUGAUUGUGGACCCCCCUCCCCCAAGCGGCUCAUAAUUCUGACUGACUAGACCAAACUGCUUUCUGUGAAGAAUAGAAGGAACACUAGAUGUGAUAAGUCUUGUCAUGCUGUAUUUUUUUAUUUUUUUGUACAUGUAUGUACACAGCCAAGUGUUAAUAAAGUUUACUGGGUGGAAUGUG